CAAUCCCACCGCCAUUAAAUUAUUCAGCCCAAACUAGAAAAUCCCAUGUAUAAAAGCCACGUCUUCAUGUGCCACAGUCCUCAUCACAAAUCCAAUCCGAAAACAUAAAAAGGAAAAUUAAGAGAGAGAGAGAUAAAAUAAAAAAAUGGGCAACAGUAUUGGAGGAGGAAGAAAGAGAGUAAAGGUGAUGAAGAUCAAUGGCGAAACCUACAAACUGAAACUGCCAGUAACAGUUAGGGACGCGGUGAAGGAUCACCCAGGUCAUGUCAUCUUAGACUCUGAGGCUGUAAAACAUUUUGGGGUUAGAGCUAAGCCAUUGGAGGCCCAACAAGAGCUCAAACCCAAGAAGCUCUAUUUUCUAGUGGAGCUUCCAAAGGUUUCUUUUAAUGAUCAUCAUCACAAAUCCGCCAGAAGGGUACGGUCCGGGAUCAACAUGAGCGCCAAGGACCGACUCGAGUGCCUGAUGCUUUCUCGGAGGGCUGUUUCGGACCUUUCCAUGGCCAGGGCGUCGUCCAGCCAUGUCUCCGGUGGGCCAGUGGCGCCCAAUUCUGGCCCAAUGAGGGUCAAGAUGAGGCUCCCAAGAGCCCAAGUUGCUAAAUUGGUGGAAGACAGUAGAGAUGAGGUCGAAGUGGCUGAGAAAAUCAUUGGCCUUUAUAUGGAAAAUAACGGUCGCAGUGGCGGCGCUGGUGACGCGGCGGAGAUGAAAAGCGGUGCGUUGCUGCGGCCUGACGAGCGCCGGAAGCCCGGUCUCGGUAGCAUUUCCGAGAAUUACAAGGCCCGUGAGAAGCGAGUGAGUUUCCUACCAAUAGAAGAGGGAGAAAUUCGUUUAGCUUUAUAGCCUCUAUCGUUAUAACAAUGUAUUAAUUUGUCGAAACAAAGCAUCCAUUGGACAAAGCCAGCAAACCAAGUACAUCACCGGGGAUUUUUCCUUUUUGGUGUCCCUUAUUAUGUAUAUAAUUAAAUUAGAUUUA